AUGACAAAUGAAUCGGGGGAAGAAGAGCUCACUAAUGAAAUCAAGAUUUUCUUGAAACCGAUGAAUAUUCAAGCCAUUCAUAAAAGAGAGGUAGAAAUGAGUGUUCCUUGCUAUUAAAAAGUGCAUGAUUUCGCAUAAACUUUGAUAAAUAUCAUGGGUAUAAAAGAUUUUUGUGCUAGAGAUGCCAAUUUUUUGGUUAGUGGCAGAAAUCUUAAUCAUGAUUUGAGCUUUGAAGAAUAAAGCGUAAAAGAUGGGGCUAAGAUUAUAUUUACUUUAAAAAGAAGAGUUCCUACUUAAUAAUAGCAGAUAGUACCAGAACCCAUAAAAAAAGCUGAAUAGCAAAAGCAAGCUUUGGUAGAAUAAAAAAACGUGAUUCAACCUGUCCAAAAGAUAUCUUAGCCAGUAAAACAAGAAGAGGCAAAGAACUUAAUACCUGGAGAUGUGAUAGGUGUUUAAGCUGAUGGCUCUAUAAAGCCUCUUAGAGAAUCACUAGAUGCUUAAGACUUGAACCAAUAAUCAAUAUCAUUGCUAGUAGAGAUGGGAUAUGAAUUUGAUAUGGUUAUAAGGGCAUUGACUGCUUUAAGAUAAAAGCCUAAAUACUCUCCAAUAGGAGAAGUAUAAAACGCUUUAGACUGGAUAAAUGAUUAUAUGAUAAAAAAAGAAAAAGAGGAACUAGAUAUUAUCGAAAGAAAUUACUAGGUAUAGGAGAAAAUGAAAAUGGCAUCACUAGUAGAACAAGCAAAAUAAGAGUCAAUGAGGUAAACUUCAUAAAUCAUUAGACCUAAUUAAGUGAAAGAGAAAGAACCGAAAUAAUUUAAAAGUGUAAUGCUUAAAUCUAACAGAUAAAACCUAAGUCAAGUUUAUGCUUGGGGCAAUGGACUUUAAGGAUAGCUAGGUGUGCCUGAAUGUUAAGAUAUUUAAACAAGGCCAGUUCUCGUAACUGCUUUAUCAAAUAUAAAAAUCAAGCAGAUUGCAUGCGGAGCAAAUCAUACUGUAGCAUUAACUAAUUAAGGGAAAAUUUAUUUUUGGGGAUAAUAUGUUCACCCAUAAGUAUAAAAUGAGGCUUUAAAAUAUGGAAGAGUAAUCUAACCAAGACUUGUUUAAACUCAAAUCGAGUAGAGUUUCAUAGAUAUAUAAGCGGGCUCAUCUCAUACUUUAGCAUUGAAUGAUAUGGGAUAAAUUUAUUCAUGGGGAUAUGGGCUCUCAGGAUAAUUAGGUCAUAAUUUAAGAUAAAAUUCAAUAGAACCACAGCUAAUAUCAAGUCUAGAAAAAAUCUUUUUCAAGAAAAUUUCAGCAGGAGUUGCUCAUUCAAGUGCGAUAUCAGUUACUGGUUAACUAUUUAUGUGGGGAUCAAAUACAGGCUGCUAAUUGGGAUAUAGUAAAGAAAUGAAAGAAUCACUUUCACCAUUGAUAUUUGGAGGGAAAAUCUAACUUGAAUAAUCUGAGGAUAGUUAAAUGAUUCAGAUUAGAAGACCAGAGGAAAGUAAAUCAGGAUAAAAUGAGGAUGUAAGGUAUGAUAUUGGCUUCAAAUAUAUUGACAUAGUAUGUGGAAGUAGUCAGAACUUAGCGCUGAUUGACAAAUCCCCAUAUAUACUCUUCUGGGGUAACGGAGAUCCUAUUGCAAAAUCAUAUUCUAAUAUUUUUGCCUAUGACAGACCCAUAAGUUAUGAUUGUGGUGGUAAAAUCGCUGUCAUCCUUACUGAAAAGCACAAAAUUUACAAGAUCAAUCUUGAAACAAAGUAAAUUGACUUAGUCUCAGAUCAAGUUGUGGAAACGGAAUAAUUAAGUCAAUAGUCAGACAUAGAUAUGAAGUAUGAUUUAACUGACAAUUUUGAAGAAUCUUAUGAAGGUAUUCAAUAGAUUGCUUGCGGUUCAGAUUUCAUCUUGUCACUCAAACAAAAUAAUAAUGUUUAUGGAAUUGGAUAGAAUAAGAGUGGUUAGCUAGGUGCUGGUGAUUUAAAGCAGAGAGAAUAGUUCACAUUGAUAGAGAGUUUUCUUAACGAGGAGGUGAGGUAAAUUUUUGCUGGGAACUAACAUUGCUGCUGUAUUGUUGAUAGUUUUGAUCCUCAAAGAAUUUUGAUAAACGAAUUUAAAGGGCUGAAUAAUGGAGAAAAAUAAAUGCUUUCAGUAUAAACUAUGGAAUUAAAAUCUAAAGAGGGUAGCAAUGUUAGAUAUGUUCACAGAUAGAUUUUAGAUAUUUACACAAAUUCAAGCCUCAUAGAAUCAUAAGUACAACAGCUUUCAAUAUCAUAACUAGACAUCUUUUGCCAGCUACUUUAUGGAGCUCUUGACUAAGUAUUUUUGAACGAUUGGAUUUUACAAUCUAUUUAAAAAUAUGAAAACUAGGGAUACAUGAACUUGACAAAUGACUUCGCAGCACUUACAAAUUUUAUCAGAUUGAAUCUAAAUAACAAUCAGCAAUUGCUUAGUAUGAUAGAGUACAUAUAAAUCAGAAUGGAUCGUAUUAAGGAAUACUUGAUUUCAUUUUAAUCAGAGCUUAAUCCUUAACAAGUUGAAUUAUAUUGCGAUUUCUAUAGAGAGAGAAAUAGGAUUUUGAUUUAAGUGAAUACCAUUUAGAAUGAAACAAGAAACAGGGAAAUUAAUAGAAUAGUUGAUCCAGCUGCCUUUUGUAAUUUUUCUUAUGUAAGAGGUAUGAAUUUCGCAGAGGAGAGAAGAAGGUUGUAGGAGUAAUAAAACUAGAGAUAAGGUUAAUAAUAGAAUAGAUUUGGAGAAGAGAGUGACGAUGAUUAUUGA